ACAGCCAUUCAAGCACACAGCAUGAAGGUCUUCGUUGUCGCCGCUGUCCUGGCUGUUGCUGCUGCUGCCCCGGCCCCUGACUCCCCGUCGUACCGCCCGGCUCCGUCCUACAAGCCGGCCCCCUACCACCCGGCCCCGUCCUACAAGCCGGCCCCCUACCACCCGGAGCCCCAGUACAAGGAGGAGGCUAAGCCGUUCGCUUACGACUACGCCGUCAACGACCACUACUCCGGAGCUAACUUCGCCAAGAAGGAGGAGAGCGAUGGCCACAACACCCAGGGAUAUUACUCGGUGGCUCUGCCCGACGGCCGUGUUCAGCACGUCAAGUACGUCGCCGACCACUACGGUGGCUACAACGCUGAGGUCACCUACGAGGGAGAGGCCACCUACCCCGAGUACCACCCCGCUCCUGCCUACAAGGCUGCUGCUCCGGCCUACAAGCCCGCCUACAAGCCUGCCUACAAGCCUGCCCCGGCUUACAAGCCCGCCCCUGCCUACACACCUUCUUACAAGCCUGCUGUGGCCUACUAAAAGGGAGUAAUUUAUCAUGCUUGCAGCGUGUUAUGAUAUUUAUCAUCGCAAUAUGUACCUGAUAUGCGUCUGAAUAAAACCGGAUU